AUGGGACCGGCUGGACCACCCGGACCUCCAGGAGCCAAAGGAAAACCCGGUGAGCCUGGACCACAAGGACCACCCGGAGAUCAAGGAAAUCCAGGCCCAUACGGUAAACCAGGAGCACCCGGACCACCUGGACCUGAUGGACACUCAGGAGAACGUGGAAGCUGCGAGCAUUGCCCUCCACCCAGGACGCCACCUGGCUAUUAA